AUGCAACCUCAGUUAACCCGGCCUCCAAUGCCUCAAGUUUCUACUCCGCCUAUUAGUUACCCGCCUCCAGUUAUGAGGCCCCGGCGUGGUGGGCCACCAAUGCCGCCACCUCAGGGUAUGCAGAUGAGGCCUGGGGACCCACCGAUGGCGCCGCCACCACAGUUUAGUGGUCAGAGGCCUAUGGGGGUUCCACCGCCUCCAAUGAUGAGCGGUCCACCUCCAACUGGAAUGUAUGGUGGUCAACCGCCUCGACCGGGUAUGCCACCACCGCCACCAGGCAGGAAGGAUCCUGUUUAUGGACCGCCUCGUCCUGGUAUGCCUCCACCGCCUAAUGCUCCUCCACAGCAGAAUCAGCAGCAGUAG